UAUAGAAGCCCGUUAAGCAAAUGGUUCUUCCAUUCUGUCUAAUACAAUUUGAACCAUUUGAAUUAUAUAACGAACUGAGAUGAUUCUUUGGUUCUUUGUCAAAUGAGUAGAGAUUUCACUUGUUUAUCAGUAACCUCUAGGCAUCCUUUAAAAGGUUAUAUUUUCCUGUCAAAUUUAAAACAUUUUGCGCUAGUCGGGAUGGCCUGUGUAAAAAGUCACCCUACUGUGUCUUUUUCAGUGGAUAUUAACUUUAAAUCCUUAGAAGAUGUUGGAAUUUAUGUUGAAACUUCUAUAGUUGAAUAUAAACGUAAGAUGGUGGUUGGAGUCACGGGAUCGUUGGAUAUCCUCGGACUAUGGAAUCCUGAAAAAGCUUUGUUUUGCGAGCGUCAGUCUGAAAAAACUAAUAAUACUGAAACAUGGCACUGUUGUCUCUCACUUCAAUCACUGUCUGAGUUCCAAUACCGUUUCUUCUUGGCAGAAUUAAUUGAGAAAAUUGACGAAAAUGCCGUCUCACAAAACCUGAAGAUUUUAGCAUGGGAGUCCCGAUUAAAGCCUAGGGAAUUUAACCCGACAGAUCAUUUAAAUACAGACAAAGAUACAGAGAUUCAUAUGGAAUUCGGUGUUUUCGAAAAUGGAAAUUUCGUUCAGCGCGGUUGGUUGACGUCAAACUCAGAGAUUCAUAUUCGGAUGUCGAGCACUUCUUGCAAAUUCUUCAAAAACAACGUUUUCACUCCUCAUACUCAGUUAUUUGUUGCAUGCUCUAGAUAUGUAUUGCAACCAAUGCCUAUCGAUGAUGAAGAUAAUGAAACGCGUGUAACUCCGAAUAAGCCUGAAUGCUUACAAAAGGAAGAUACUUUAACCUGUCUUAUUGGUUCUUCAACUCCUAAACUUUCAUGUCCACAGUACCCUUUUUCAAGUAGAACAUCCUACUCUAGUGUUGUUAGUCGAUCCUAUCCAGUUCCAAUGUCCACUUUGGAAAUCAAUCGCUGCCGUAUUCAUAGAGGUGAACAACCAGAAUGUUGUGGUACACUUUAUAAACUUGGAGAUGAUGUCACUUUCUUCAUCGAAACGUCAGAUGUGGAGAACACUUCAGUAGAAAUACAAUUCUAUCAACAACAUUUAGAGUCCUCAGGGAAUGAUACUAAAAUUAGUUCACCUACUCCAUUGAAAUUUAUUGGCUCUGCUCGUUUUGGUCCAUUCGUUGAUACAUACGGACGCAAAGCUGCACAAAUUCUUAAUUCAUCAUUAUCUCCAGUGGGAGAUCUUCGAGUACGUUAUCUUAUUAUCUAUCCAAUGAUUAAACCAUCUGAUCCAAGUUUAAAAGUUACUUAUCAACAUCAUUGGAAAAAACGUGCAUCAGCUGUAGAUAUUGGUCAUCGUGGUAUGGGUACAUCAUUUUUUCAACCAGAAGAAAAACAAUAUAAAAAGUUACCGACAACUAGAGAAAAUACAUUGGAUUCGUUUCGGACGGCUGUCCAACAUGGAGCUGAUUUUGUUGAAAUGGAUGUUCAACUAACUAAAGAUCAUCAUGUUGUUGUUUAUCAUGAUUUUGAUGCUGUAGUCAUAUCUAAAAAGAAACGAGGUGGUCAAUUAUGUUAUCUACGAGUAGCUACUAAAGAUUUAAAUUAUAAUGAACUACGUGAAUUAAAUGUUCGUCAUUCAAGUGUAUUAAAAGAAAGUCAUACUCAUGAAAAAAUGAAUGAAGAAGAUUUAGAUCCAGUAGAAUUACAACCAUUUCCUUUAUUACAUUCAUGUUUUGAAGAAAUUGAUCCAGAUCUUGGUUUUGUUAUUGAAGUGAAAUAUCCAAUGGAACUUAAAGAUGGUAGCUCAGAAAUGGAUCAUUUCUUCGAGUACAAUUUUUAUGUUGAUACUAUUCUACGUGAAAUCUUAACACAUGCUGGUAAAAGACGUAUUCUAUUAUCAUGUUUUGAUCCAAAUGUCUGUGUAAUGCUUCAGUUAAAGCAACAAAUUUAUCCAGUCUUUCAACUUGGAAUAUCCCCAGAAUAUGCAGAUACACGACAUGCUGACUUUCAAAGUUUAUUUUGGUCUGCAUUAAGUCAUCAACUCUUGGGAGUAUGUUUAGAAAGUGAUCGUUUAUUAAAAGUUCCAGGAAUUAUUGAAUUAGCACAUUCACACAAAUUAGUUGUAUUAGCAUGGGGUGAAGCUGUAAACAUACCAGAAAAACGUAUAUUACUCGCACAAUUGGGUGUAGAUGGAAUUAUCUAUGAUUGUGUUAACGAAAAUAAAGCUAAAGGUACGCUAAGUGUAUUUAAACGUGAACGAUUUCUUGAACUGGGAUUAUCAUCAGCAUCAACACCAUCAUCACCGAUAGAAUCAACAAGACUACUACCAUGUUUAUCAUCAUUAUCAUUAAUUGACAAUAACGACAAUAUCAGUAAUAUUAAUUUUAAUAAUAAUCAUGAUUUAAACAGAAACAUUUCAACUUCUCAAAGUAAUUUAGCUUUAGAUCAACAGUGUAACACUACAGAUCAACUGAUUUUAUCCACCCAACCUACUACUGAGAAACUAUCGACAAUAGUAACUGAUUGUCACACUAAUAUAUGCUGCAGUUCAACACCAUCAACUUCAAUGACCAGCGAUGUUGCUGACAAUAAUAAUGAUAACAAUAACAGUAGUAUUGUAUCUUUAGUAAAUGUUGAAUCAAAUGAACAAGUAGUAGGUUCAGUAGAAAAUUGUACAAAUCCAACAUCUAUUAGUACUAUUCAGUUAGAUAAUAAUGACAGCAUUCAUAACAAGUUCUCAUCAUCGACUUCAGAUACAUCAUCACAACAAGAGACAACAUCACCAAAACGACAAAUUAAUGUACCACUUAUAACAUUUGCUUAAAUAGAAAAAAAAAUUCAAUUCAAGGAUACUAACUAUUGAUCAGAGUAAUAAUAAUAAUAAUGCUGAUAGUAACAUUAUUUGUCAUCGUUCCAUCUAAAGCUUAUUUCCUCUAUUGAGUAAAACAUUCUUGGGUAUUGUGUUUCAUUAUUCUUCUGGUUGAUGAAUUACUUUCUUUUCAUUAUUAAUUAAUUGUUGCAACCAUUUCGCUAGUCGCGCAUAUAUAUAUCCCCUUCUUUUUUGUUCUCUCAAUGUCAUCAUUACAGUUUUCUUUACUUAUAUAUUUUAUAAUAUAUUACAUUGAUGAUGGUCAGAUGCAUUUUAAGACCAGUUUAAUGUUUGACAGUCUGUAUAACAUACUACUUUUUUUAUUGAUUAAUGUUUACAUUCAAUGUGUAUAUAAAGAUUUGUACUGGCGUCAAAUAUGAAAGACAAGACCAACUACAAUACGACUCUAUCGCCUUCCAAUGAAUCAAAAAAGGGUCUUAGUAUUUUAUUCCAGCCUUGUGUAUUUUUUUUCAGCUCUUAUUUCAAUUAGUUUUGUAUUUUAUCUAAGCUUAUUUCUGUUUGAUUAUUUUAUUUCAUUUUGGUAUAUUUGGUAAAAAAUUUACACGAUGUCACUGACAUUGUUCUUGGUUGUUCAUCUAUAACGACUUAUUUACACUUGGAUGAAGUGAAUUUCAACAAAACAUGGAUCUCACACACGCACACAGAAAAAUUGCUUAUAAGCUUUGUUUUCAUUGUAUUUGUGGCAAGAAACUGGUGUUUAUUAGAAGAGAAAAAAAAGACUUCCUUAUUGGUUUAAACCAAUUAAAUAAAAACAAUGAUUUUAAAUGU